ACAUUCGCUAGCCCAUUCAUAUCCCGGAAUCAUUUGUACCUCUUCUAUGGACAUGAUUAUUCAAGAUUUAUGCUUGUUCCUCUUACUGGUCCUUCAUGUGGUAAGUGUGAAGUACGACGAACCCAAGGAUCACCACCACCGGACGACUACAUGAGCAAAACGGUGCAGUGCUUCGAGGAAUUCGCCCUGAUUUACGCUAAUCAGAAUGUCCGCAAUCUCAGACCGAAUUUCUAUCUUCUGAAUUUGACGUGA